AUGGAGAUUCAAGGGAAAACCGUGCUCAUCACCGGUGGAGCCAACGGCAUCGGCUAUUGCACUGCAAGGGAAUUACUUCGAAGCGGAGCGAAGGCCGUUGCAAUCAUAGAUUUGCCUGACUCGAACGGUGAAAAUGCAGUUACAGAAUUGGAGAAAGAAUUCGGUGCGAAUCAUGCCAUUUUUCUUCUUGGAAAUGUAACAAAUGCUGAAGAACUUACAGCUUGUUUCAAAAAAGCAAUAAAAUCAUUUGGCACAUUAGACAUUGUUAUUAAUAAUGCUGGUAUUAUGAACGAUGCGGAAUGGGAGCCGAUGGUUGACGUUAAUUAUAAAGGGGUUGUACGUGGCACGAUAUUGGGCUUAAAUCAUAUGGGAAAACAUAAGGGAGGAAAAGGUGGUACUAUCGUCAAUAUGUCCUCUAUAAUCGGCUUGCAAGGCAAUCCGAUUGCGCCAAUUUACGCUGGAACAAGUUUUGCUGUCAUUGGAUUUACCUCAUCGUUACUGACUUUCUACGAGAAAACAGGCGUACGUGUAUUAUUAAUAUGUCCUGGUCUUACAAAUACUGGCUUGGCCUCCAAGUUCAUGUCAAGCAAGAUCUACGCUAUGGACUUACUCGACGAUGAGAUCGCUGCCAAAGAGAUGACGACGAUGGAAAGUCAAUCACCUGAGCAAGUGGCAACUGCUAUCGUGGAAUUAAUUGAAAAAGGAGGGAACGGUGCUGUUUUUGUCAGCGAAAACAAUCAACCUACUUAUGCCGUACAAUUACCGAUUUACACUGAUUUGAAGAUUUCGAUCGCGAUAAUGGACAACGUACAAAAUAAAACGGCGAUAGUCACGGGUGCUGGGUGUGGCAUUGGUUACUACAUUACUGAAGAUUUAUUGCGUAAAGGCGCGAAGAAAGUCGCCAUCAUCGAUUUACCGAUAGAACGUAGUUACAAAGCGAAGGUGACUUUGCAAGAAAAAUUUGGAAAAGAUCGCGUUAUCUUCUUUCCAAUCGAUCUGACAAACAUGGAAGUGUAUAGCGAAACCUUCAAGCAAGCUGUUAAAGAACUCAAUGGACUUGACAUACUUGUUAACAAUGCCGGAAUAUGUUAUGACCGUUGCAUCGAGCAAACAUUUUCUAUUAACGUUGUAGCGUUAAUUCGUGGUUCGAUGUUAGGCAUGGAUUACAUGGGGAAACAUAAAGGUGGCAAAGGAGGUACAAUAGUAAAUGUAGCGUCUUUGGCUGGCAUUUAUCCUUUCUUUUUAUGUCCAGUAUACAGUUCUUCUAAAUACGCUGUCGUCGGAUUUGGUCUGAGUCUUGAGAAAUUUUACGACAAAACUGGAGUUCGUAUUCUAACGAUAUGUCCUAGUUUCACAAUAACUGCAAUGAUGGUUGAUGACGACAAAUAUCUCGAUAUUAUCGAUCAAGAUACUGUUAAUAAGAUUGAGGAGAUAGCCAAAGAUUUUCGUGACCCUCAAUCUGCUGAGCACGUGGGACAAUCUGUAGUCGUGGCAAUUCAAAAGGGUAAAAAUGGAUCAAUUUGGCUCAUUAAGAAUAAUGAGCCACCACUUAUGGUCAAAUUACCGCCGUUCGUUGUCUCUUAGUCACAUGUAUAGACCGAAUCCCUAAAAAAUCGCACUAGCAUUAUUAUAUAAUACUGUGAGAUACUAAAUUUGUGGGAGCACCUAAUUUUCUAAGGCAAUUUCUCUCUUGUAAGCCAACCGCGCGAUCGACAUUUUGAGCUCAAAUUCCUGUCAAACAACGAACACCUAAUUCCGCGACUUGAUAUCUUUAAAUAACAUUAAAAAAGAAAUCAUCAUUUCAUACAAAAUUUGUAGGAGCACCUAAUUUUCUAA